UUCGUAAAAUCGUAACAGUCGUUGAAAAAAGUUGACACGGAUGCUUUGUGUAAAAAUAAUUCGAGUGAUUUUAACCGAAAAAAGUGGUGUUUUAUAACUGUUUUGUGUUACCGAACGCGGCAAUUGUCGUCGUUUGAAGAUAAAUUCCGUUUUACAGCUGUAGUUGUUGAAAAAAGAUAAAAGAAAACCAAAACCAUUGAUUUAUAACGACCGUUUGAUUCCGAAAACAGGCUUGGGUUCGGGGAAUGAUGGAUCCUUUUACGCAGAAUAUACUGGAACGAGCGGAGAAACGGGCUGCCGCUCUAGGAAUAACGAAUACGUCCAAAUUUCCUUUGUCGGAGUUCAACUACGACAACGGAAAUGCACCAGUUGCCUCGAAAUCUCCGACCAAAAAGAGUUCGGCCGGGACCACCAAGAAAUCCCCUCGCAAACAUUCUCCACAUAGGACCGGAGCCAGCAUAGUGGGAACCACAAGCAAAAGUCCGCCGGCUGCGUCAUCCCGUCUGGUGAGCACGACCACUUCCGGUGGAACCAAGAUCGAGGCAACCCAGCGGAAGCAAAGCUCCGGAAGCGGCAAAGAUGUCGAUGUGGCCGUGGAAAUAAACAUUACGACCGGGUCCGGUGUUCAGGUUGAAGUUGAAGUAGCGGAAUGUGAGGUCGAUGCAAAUGGCAAAAUAACUCGAAAAAUUGACAACAAACAACAGCUGGACGAUGCUGAUGCUAAGGGACUGAUCCGGGAUUCUUCUCGCAAUCAACUGCAACGUUUGGGAACUUUGUAUUCGGAAACGCAAGAUCUUUCAUCGCCGGUGCAUCGUACCGAGGGGCGGUUCCACGAAGAGCAAGGUUGUUCAUCAGCCGCAGCUGGGAAGGAAAAUUCCCGUCCCCGCCCGAAACUUGCUAAGCUAGCCAUGCUUGCAGACUCUAUCAACAAUUGGGAAGACGACACUUCUCAUCCGGAUAUCAAACAUCACCGAGAAACAAUUCACCCUUCAAAUAACAAAAGCCCAUCAAAAAGCCCGGCCAAGGAUAAAAGUCCUAAACGGAAAGAACAAAGUCCGAAAAGGACCGCUGGAACAGUAGCUAAAAAGUAUAUAGCACCCAAUCCACCAAAAUCGAUCCUUAGCCCUGCUAAGGGUGAUGCAGAAAAGGGUCCUACCAAAACUUUAAAAUGGGAUCAAAAGGUGAUGGAUGCUUUGGAAUUGCAAGGUUUUCAAAGACGCGAAUCUACAACUUCCAAACUAGUAUAUGAUUACAAAAAUCAAUCGAAGCCACCCAGAGAAAAACAAGAAACUGAAACAAAUGAAAAGGCUUUGAUGCCAGUCAAGAAAGGCCGAGCCCCUGAUGUUCCUGAUAGCUCACGCGAACGUGCCAUUCCUGCCUUAGAACCCCCUAAACAGCCCGUUAAGAAAACGGAAAUAAGUAAAGGACUAGUUUCUGGAAGAGCAGCAAUGUUUGAUAAAUCAAAACGCCAAUCAAUGGCUAGAAAUCAGAAAGACCCUGCCGAAAUGUCACUCAAAGAGCGUAUGGCAAUUUUCGAAAAGAACAAGGGACAAGCACUCAUUCCCAAAGCUGCAUUUGGUAUUUCACCAUCAAUCAAACAAAUCACAGGAGAGAAUUCUUCGGGUGGGCAAAAAUGUCUUGCUAUUCAGGGAGCGGGCAUCGGUACUAUUAACAAAGAACUCAACCAGCCACAGAAACAAAAAAUAGAUGCCUUUAACAAGCCCCAGCUAGCUGAUUCUAAUGCUACCGGAUCAGCUAUAAAGAGUACUCUUGCUGCCCUCAUGUCCAACAACAGCACUUUGUCGGAAUCACAAAUCGCUGAAGAAACUCGCCGCCAGCGUCAGCAAGAAAUGGAAAUGCUAUUGAAUCGAUUCUCCAAACCCACUGACAUGUCAUCGGAUACAGCCCAAAAACAGAUCCCUUGUGCUCCGCCGAUGCCCCCAGAGGGUUAUCUAACUCCAAGCAAAAAGAAGUCAUCUACAAAAGAAUCCGGCGGAGCAAGACAUUCCGGUAAUAAAAGACGAUCGGCCGAAGAACACAUCAGUGCCGAAGUUUUGUGUACCCUAGACGACGUAAAGCGUAUCCGUGUAGCUCCGCCGAAAGAGGGCCGACUGUAUCCGGCACUAAGUGACAUUGAAACGACGGCUACGGAAUCGGGUGGCGAGGGAGACGAUUACACGACGGCCACAGUUUCAGAGGAGGAUAGCGAACAGCAUUAUCAGCAGCAGCACAGCAACUACCAGGACUGCGAAGACGAGGAGGAAUACUACGAUGAAGAGGAUUACGACGAGGAGCAGGAUGCUGCCUAUGAAGACGACGACAGUUAUAUGUACUCCGACGAUGAAGAACCAGCCAUUGGUGACGUUAGCCUUGGGCGGGAAAUUAUGCAAGCCGUUAAACUACAGGAUCGUCACCAAAGUGAUUCGCGUCGUGCAAGUCAGGAUCGUAAGGUUGAUCCGUCAGGUAGAAGGAGUGAGCAACAAAAAGCAGAUCAACGUAAAAGCAUCAACAGUUCGACAAGCGAGUUGUCUGGUAUUUUGGACGAAAUGGAUGAAUACCUCGACGAAGCCUUGGACGAGGACAAAGGAGAAGAAUAUGACACUCCGCGUAAAUCAUCAGUGUCUUCGAACAGUUUUUCUUAUCAGAAAAAUCCACAUCAAUCGAAAUACGGAACAAUUCACGAGGAAUCGGAAGAAAAGAAGGAUCCUCAGAAACCCUCGCCCAAGCAGGAACAUGACAUGACCGAGGACUUCAGCAGUCCAGUCAAAUCGGAACUGAAGAUCAACCCCUCCGAUGAUAAUAACAUGGUCACUUUGGUGCACACUGUGAGUUUCUAUCGCCGUCAACAAAACUCCAACAAUCCCACACCGGUGAAGAAGAUCCUUCGCACACCGAUACACAAAUUGCAGCGAGCCUCAAUAGAUUCUACUACCGAAGAUUCCGAGGACAGUGCCACGACAACGGGAACGGCAUCCACAUCGUCGGAUGAGAAUGAAUAUUUGGUUCAGGAGAAAAUAAAGCGUUUAUUGGACGAAGUUUGCAAACAACAAACCGUAAUCGCUCAAACGAGCCAGGCUUUGAACUUGUGCGCAGCCACCAUCGAAUUUUCCGGAUCAACUGAAUCCGUUGAAGGCGAGCGACAUCUGUUGGUAGCCACUCACAGACGCCAAGCGAUUUUGGACGAGGUGCAGCGGCUCCGUGUAGAGGGAUGCAUUCGACCUCUGGGUGCACCCACAGAAAAAGGACGGCUGACGGUUAAGGAAAUCACCCUGCCACUCCGACAGGAAUACAUCCGUAAGCUGGCUUCGGAUGCAAUCAGCGGCCAUCACUUGGUGUGUCUCCUUAAGUACAAUGAAACUGUGCUAGCCACGCAAUCAAUUCCGACCCUUCCGGGCCUUCUUUCGGUCCGUUUCCCGGAUGUUCUACAGUUGAGUAACGUUUUCGCAGAUUUCAAGAUUACCAUGGAAAUUUACGGUAUGACUGCACAACGAGAGGUUCUACCUCAUGAAAUCAAGUACCACAUUGCAAUGAACAAGAAAGGAUCCAGCAAGCUACACACCCCUAAGGGAGUGAAAUCGAAUUCCCGUCUGAUCAUGCCUCCGGUACAAUCACCGGCCGGUCCACAAGCCGUGCGGACGCCUGCUCUGGUCCAGUAUGGAUUCAUCAUAUUCUCGUUGAAGGAAAUACAACGCACCAACUGGACCCUGAACCCAGUGGCCGGAGUAAGCCCGCUGGAAGGGAACGUCCACAUGAAGGUUAACUGCGAACUGACGGUUACCGUUGAUCAUCGUGGUUUCCUCACGAUGUUCGAGGACGUUUCUGGCUUCGGAGCUUGGCAUCGGCGCUGGUGCCGACUACACGGGCAUGUUCUCAACUACUGGAAGUACCCGGACGAUGAGAAACGCAAGGCACCGAUUGGCAGUAUCGAUCUGCAGGGAAGCUGCACACAGAAAGUGUCCGUCGCUCCGCGCGAUGUAUGCGCUCGAUUGAAUACGUUGCUCUUGGAAUUUAGACGACCUGCUCAGCCUGAUGACAUCGAUUCAUUAGUGAUUGUCAGACAAGGAAAUGUUACUAUCCAACGACAUCUUCUAUCGGCCGAUUCCAAGGAGGAACGCGAAGAAUGGGCCGCACACUUGAACAAAACGUUAGCACUACUGAAAGCAUGGGGACAAUCUAGCAACAACAAAGGAACGAGUUGCUAGCUUCCAGUCAUGAAUAGGCUCACGAAAAUGGGGUUUUCUGUAUAGUGUUGUUCAUAUAAGUACCUCCGAUAGUAUUUCAUGCGUUUUUGUCAUUUUAUAUUGUUUUAACGCAGCCAGUUACGUACUGUUGCAGUUCGAGACGAUAUAUUUCUUGAGUGUUAAAUAUAUUAUGCUGGAUGCAUCGAAAGUUUGGACUUUUGCGUGAUCCAAUUCAACUAGCAAAUAACCGUUUCAAAAUUACGUAAACAUUACACAUAUGCACUCUCGAGUUUGGGCUUGACGAUAGAGUAAGCGAAAAACCUAUCUGAAUUUCGAAAUAUUCAGAAAUAAAAAGGUAAAUUUUAUCUUUUACGUUUGAGUUGUACAUUAUCUAUUAUAAACAUAUACCUAUCUAUAUAUAACCA